AUUGCAGCGCUAAACCAACAACAAAAGACAAAAAUAAACCAAGAAAGAUCGCUCAAUAUGGAGUGCAGACAUUUUAUUUUAUUGUUGAGACUCUGAUGCCUAACUAUAAUAAUAAAAUGAAUACCUCUUUUAAUGCAAUUAUUCUAAUGUUGUAUCUACUUAUAACACUAAGAAAAUAUUACUGUAAUAUAUAUUUUCCCGAACUCUAUGAGGACGCUUUGUAUAAACCAAAAAAUUUGGGUCCGAGUCCAAUGUUAUACCAAACUGUUUCCAGCAGCAACACAACUAUGGUAGAAUGGGUGUUUAUCAACAAUGACUUAUACGCAGACGCAAAAUUUGCAGAAGACAAUGGACCAAGUAAUUGCAUACUUGCUAGAAUAAAUUUAACAGGAUUAACGGCGGAUAUAUGCAUGACAAUUCACAAUGUCAUGUUAGUUAGAGACUAUACGUAUUUAAUAUCAGUUCAAUGUCAAAGCAAAAACAGAGCAGUGCUCAUAAAACUUUCAAACUCCUGUUUGAAUGAGGAUAGUUUUUCGGUUGAUUGGGAAGUUGUUUACACUGCUUUUGAUAAUAAAAGAGAGUUGCACUUAAAUAUGAUUGGAAACAAAUCUUCAAUUAUAGUCUGGUUGAGAAGAUCACAGUUUUAUUCGAUUAUAAAUGUACAAAAUUGGCCGGAUUCUAAAGUGCAGCUUGAAAGUAAUUUAGUUAUUGGUGAGUUACAAAGUGAAAUAAAAAUAAUUGAUGUUGCCGGUUCACGCGAAUCUCUUUAUGUGUUCUCCGAUAUGUGUCUAUAUUCUUGUCCUUUAACUGCUUGUCGUGAGCUUGAAGUUGUCGCUGACAGUUGCGUUUUGACACCAAAUAAUGAGACUGUCUCUGGGUUAAUGCAAACCGCGAAUGAUGGAGAGAGAAUUAUUCUUCUCGAUAAGUAUAUGCCUCUUUCUUUAGAGUCGCAUUCUUUUAGAUGCUUUUUUGCUAUAUAUUGUGCAGGACGCUUAACUCAUCACAUGUAUAAAUGUGGUGGUUUCAUUAUUCAAGAUAUUGUUAUGACAUUUAACAUGGUUACUAGCUCACUAUCUCAGCAUUUUCCUUGCAGCAUUUCUCAAGAAGCUAGCUUGAUCGGUUGCUUAAUUUUGGGAGAACCUCGCAUCUUCGAUAUCAGUGACAGAAAAUCUGCCUACCCAAUAUCUGCGUUCACUGUAUCCGCUUGGAGAUUAGGGGUUGCAAUCAAUCGAUUUGGAUUUGCUUCUUCUGAUAUAUUUUUCUUUGAGAUUGUACCAAGUUUAACAGCAGAUCCAAGAGGUUUUAUAUUUAACGUAAGAGCUGAACUACAGCCGGCUUUAAUAGCUUCGAGGUUAUUGUAUCCAUCACUCGCAACAAGCAUUACACCAGCUGAAUCAUUUAUACUUGUGAAUCACAGAACACGGGAUAUAUGGCUAUUUUCACACGGUGGAAGAUUAUUUUUUCGCGAUGGAAGUAAAGAAAAUGCUUUAAGUAUUGAUUUUGAAUAUGCCGAAACAUAUUCUUUUUUUAUAGCCGAUACAUUUUCUUCUGCCGGUAUUAAUCAUAAUUUCGAACACCCUUUUGCUUUUUACUCACCAGACGGCAAAAGCUUUGCUUACUUAUCAUAUUAUAGGUCACCGUACGGUGCAUUUUCUGCAUCAGCAAUUACUGUUACCAACGCUACAGUAGCAAACCUGCGUUCUAUUGUGAGUAUUAGUGAUAAGGUUUUUAUAAUUCAAGCUGGAAUAAACCAUGGAAAUGAUUUGUUGUUAGCAAUUCAAAAAUUGUCUAACAAUUAUUUGACAAUCCAAAUAUUUAAAAUUAGCGAUAUGGCUCAAAUAUCAUAUAAUAUGAGUGGAAUAAUGGCACAAGCAGAAGUAAAAGGUAGCUGGUCGUGGGACGAGUUUGAUGCAACAGAGAGCACUAGAAUUUGGGUAAUUUAUUUCUCAAGUAGCGAUAAAUUUGUAAUGGCAUCUCACAACGAUACUGCUUUAACGACAACUUUACUUGAAUACAAAAUAAAAAGUGAUUACACAAUUGAAUUUCAACGAAGUGGAAUCAUAUCAAACUGCCUUGCAGUGACUAACAGUAACGAUUACUUGCGUUUGCAGAUUGUUAUUCUUUGUGCAGAAACAUUGCUAUCAAAUUUAAUUAAUCAAACCUAUCACAUUAAGUUUGUCUCCGCCAUUACAAUGCAGACAACUUGUACUCAAAAUAUAGACCAUAAGUUUGGAAGUUUAUUGUCGAAGUACGACGACUUAUUCGUAACUAACAUACCAAUUCUAGAUUUUAAUGAAGUAGCACAACGACUUGCAAUCAGUUAUGAAAAAACAGUUCUUAUGUACGCAACUGAUACAUGUCCGUUCCGAUUACUUUACAGAUUUGACCAUACUGAUCUCAUAGCAGGAAUAGGGAUGAUACACACCGGACAAGAUAACAAACCAUUUGGAAUAACAUUUGUAACAUAUUUGCAAAAAGUUGAUUUGAUUGGAGACUGCAUUAAUGGCUAUGGAGUUGAUACGGUUUUGCCUCGAAAUUAUUUUUGCUCUAGAUGCACACCUGGGCAUGUAGGGCUUGGAUGUCGAACCUGCCCGGCAGGAUUCUAUUGUAGUGAUUAUAGUCAACUUCAACCAAGUGGUGCAUGUCCGGAAGGAUUCUACUGUUUAGAAGGAACUUCUACAUCAAACCCUAUGGCUGAUGUACUGGAUAAAACUGCAUCUCCACCACAUUUGUGUCCUGCUGGAGCUUAUUGUCCUGCAGGAACGGCUCAAAGAUUUGCAAAUGAUGAAUCAGCUAACGCCCCUCAAUCAUGCUUAGCUGGAUUCUUUUGCCCAUUAGGUUCUGUAAAACCAACGCAAGAAAAAUGCCCAGAAAACUCUACCACGAAAGUUGGAGCCAAAGUUCUCGAAGAUUGUUACUGUAAACCUAACUUUUAUGGUUCUCCGCAAACCCGUUGUAUGCCUUGUUUAAACCACGCUUUAUGCCCAGGUGGCAACUCAAAUAUAACAAACUCUUCAUUGUUUGUUCCAAAUGGCUACUGGCCAGACACACUAAACAAUUUACGAAUGCUUGUUAAGUGUUACUCAACUAUGUCACGGUUUACACCUUGCAAUGGAUCAAUUUGCAAACUUCAGUGUGGAAAUAGAACUUAUGCUGACCAAGUAAUUGAGUGUAAUGGAACCUGUUCAAAUCCAUGCGAAAAAGGUCACACCGGAAGGCUUUGCUCAGCCUGUGAAAACGGGUAUUAUCGAAAAUCUCCGUUUCAUUGUGCACCUUGCGUCAUGGGAGUACGUCAAACUGUGUGUGUAGUUGCAGCUUUACUCUCGUCUAUAUUUAUUUUGGCAAUAUAUUUUAUUCGAAAACAUUUAGGAACAAAAGAAUCGCCAGAUAAGGUUCUUAUAUCAGACCAGCAACUUUUAGAAAUGCUUAUAACGGUUUUAUUAGUUUUGCUUGGGAUUUCUUCAACAGCAACUGUAUUAUUUAUGGUCUUUAUAGUAAUUAUUGUUUACAUGCAACAACUACGCUCACCCGCAUAUGCCACAAUUACUUUUAUUUUCUAUAUACAGACUUUGCAAGUUUUAAUGCAAGGAAACUUUGUUUGGCCAAAUUUUAUGCGUUAUUUUUUACAAUUCUUAGAAGUCAUGUAUGCACCGGUGCCAGGAUUAGCUUGUCUUCCUAACUUUUACACAGGAGAAAAUCUUGGAUGGGAGGGAGCUUUUAUUUUAAUAUUUAGUUUACCAGUAAUUUUGGGAUUUCUUGUCGGGGCGUACAUGUUUGUUACCGGAACUGUUCAAAAACGUCCGGUAUGGAGAAGAGCCUUUAUGUCAUACUGUUUGUUUAUGUCAGUUCUAUUUUUCCCACUUAGUAAUAUGAGCUUGAGAACGUUAAGUUGCAGUCUAGAUCCUAUUGUUGGGAAAUACUAUAUGUCUUCCGAACCGUGGAAAGAAUGCCGAUUAGACUCCAUUAUUCAAAUUUGUGGAAUAUUAGGAACAAUUUUUUAUUUCAUUGGAAUUCCAUUUACUUUGCACUACUGGUAUUUUAUGAGAGUUUUCCCAGACGACAUUGUUGAAGAAAUAGGACGAAUGUUUUUACCAGCAGGUAUAAAUGGAAACGAAACAUUUGUUAUAUUUCUAACGAUAAGAUGGAUGGUAAUGAGCAUAAUAUUGUCCUUCGUUCCACUUUCUUGGGGAAUGCAACGAUCUCUAAUACUUGCACUUUUAAUGACUAAUAUUAUUUUUGUGAUGAACUUACGACCUUAUGAAAGAUACAGUCCUCGAGAGCCGCAAAACCUUACAGUGAACGAACGUAAAUGGUUUGAUCGCUUGUGCAAAACCAUGUCUGGUAAUUUUCUUGAUGUUACGACAUUAGUAGCAAUAAUUCUCUCGUACGCAGCCUUAGACUCUCGCGAUAACUGGGCUAUUUUACAAAUAAAAUCUUUUGGCAUAGGAAUCGCUAACUUAUUUAUAAUAGCCUACUUCAUUUUCUUUAUUUUGCUGGAAGAUCGUUUGACUUUAUUUCCAAAAACAGCUAAGUGUUUAGCUAAAAUUGAGAUGUUUUGUUGCUGCUGUUCUUCUAGAUCGUAUGAUUACGUAAAAGAUAGAUCAGCAGACGAGUCAAUGCUAGCCGAGGAAACAAAAACAGAUAAAAACUUGUAUGAGUCAAAAGAAGGAAUAAAACCAGGAGUAAACGAAGUUAAAAUGGAUUUAUACUUAUAUGGCAAAUAAUUUUUUUUCAGUUCUAGAUUAACCUUUUUAUAAA